AUGCGUCACCUCCUCCGCAAGCUGGCCUUCGCCUGUGGCAGCUUCCUCGGCCCGCUCUGCUGCAGGCUGGCCACGGCGGCAGUGGUCCUGGCCCUCGCCCUGGCCGCGGGGACUUACGUCCUUCAGCGCGGCCCGGCGCUGGUCUCGUAUGCAUCGGUGGAGCUGGCCCCGCCGCGGAACUCGACCGAGGUCAUGGCCAAUCUGACUGCAGUUGAUGAGGUGCUGGUCGGCUCAAUGGCGGUGGCGCUCAACCACUCGACCGCACCGGUAGUUCUCGUCGAUGGACACGCACACACCACGGCGUCGGACGGCCGCAUGUCACUGCACCAGCUGGCGGCAUGGGAGGCCUCGCAGGGCUUUGAUGCCUUUUUCGUCACCGAUCACAACGUCUACGGUCCGGAGGCUGCGGAGAUGGCAUCGCGCUCGAGCGGCGUAUUGCCGCUGGCGGGGCAAGAGUACACCACCUGCCGGGCGCACCUCAACAUCUACGGUGUGGCCAAGCGGUACGAGCCGAUCUCGCCGUUUCCCACCAACGACGAACUGAAGGAGCUCAUUACCGACGUCCACGCUGCCGGCGGCCUGGUCUCGGUCAACCAUCUACCGUGGUCGGCGUGGUCGAUGCCGCUGGCCUCGCUCCCGAGCCGUGCCCAGUGGCACGCCUGGGGCGCAGACAUGUUCGAGGUCGUCAACUCGGGCAUCUUUGACUGGGAGACCUUUAUAUUUGCCCGCCGCGCAGGCAUGGGUGUCAUCGCCGGCACCGACGUUCACUCGCCGUACACUCGCGCUGCGUCGUGGACCGCCAUCCGCCCGGCCAACCUCUCGGCGGCGGCCAUUCUUGACGAGCUCCGCAGAGCGCGCACCAACAUCCUGCUCGAGGCCGUCGCCUCGCCGCGCCACGGACUGUAUCCGGUGGUUGCAGGCGAGUCAUGGACGCGGGCCGGCAUGGUCUGGUGGCUCUUCACCGCGCUCGGCGCCUUUGCCGAGAACUUCUACACCCUUGCCACCGGCCAGUACGACUUUGCCGGCGGCUUUUGCACGCCGACCGUCUUUCGCCUCCACACCACCCUCAUCGGCUACGCCCUGCUGUGGAUUGUGGGCCUUGCCGCCGCUCUUGAGCUUUGCUGCUGCGGCUGCGCCGCCGGGCGCUGCGCGAGGCCCUCGCCGCGCGAGCCGUAUGCUCUCGCCUGCGGUGCGCCCGCCUCGUCGGCCCGCUGCCGCCUCGUUCCCCUGGCACUCUACACGUGCUCGUCUACCGCUGUAGCUCCUCGCCGACGCGCAUCCACGUCGAGUGGAACGUAUUCAGCCGCGAACUCGAGCUCGGGCUCGGGGGGCUCGGGCUCCUCGACGCUACACUCGUCGUCAUCGCUCUCGGCGUCGGCCGACGCCGAGAUGGGGCUCCUCUCGCGGAGCCGGCGGAGCUAG